AUGAAAUGCGGCAGAGUGCGACCGAACAUCAUCGCGAAUGGCGCAGCGGCAUCCGUGACGCUAAUCAACAUCCACCUGACGCCGAGCCUGCCAAAGCAUAUCGUAUUCUACGGGAAACUAAAGCGUAAAGGGUUCGUGCUCGUGUGUGACGAAGAGAAGCGCUCGAUCGCCCGGCACAGUGACGGCGCUGUCGCUUUUGAAGUGGCAAUGGAAUAA